AUGGAAAUUACAGAGACGCAAGAAACUAACGAUCUCAACAACCAGAUCAUGGCAAGAGCAGUCAUGCUUCCCAUCACAAACUUCAACCCCGGCACCNCCCGCCUUGAUGGCAUUGAACCGCGUCUCAAGCAAAUGAUUGCAAACUCCGACUCGCUCGACAGUCAAGUGAGAAACAGAAUGUUCAACGCAGCAUUCGAACCAGAUGCCAUACGGGCAAACGACACACGCCCAGAGAUCUCGGGACAGACGACUGCCGAGGUGCUCACAGCCCUGGACUCGAUUCGCAGAGUUACAGAGUACAAUGCGCGCGCAAAGGAGUCCAGACAGUUCCUAAAUGACACCUUGAAGAAGUACGACAAGUCUGGUACUACGGCUGGAGCAGAGCGCAGGAAGAGUGCUGGCCCGGCCCCCGUUGCGUCGAUGAAGGCUGCUCCAGUUGUGGCUAUGGAGGGUGUGCAGAGGACCGCUGUGGCACCGACUGCGCCUAUGACGAAUGCUCCUCUGCCUGCACCUUUAGCUGCACCUUCUGCAGCACAGACAGUCCCCUACCCGACCACUUCCAACAUCGAUGCGAGCAGAGAUCCCAGAAGGCGCUAG